ACAAACGGCGGCAUUACGUAGUGCCUUUUUGUGUCUCGUGAGCAACAGAACACCACCCCUUGCAGGACGCGCGCGGAGACUCUGGCCAGCGCUCCGUCGGCGUAAACGUUAUCUCUGUUCGGUUGUAAAGCGCGGGUCUCGUUUCUAAUCACAGCGCGGGACGCAGCAUGUAGCGGCGCGGGCGCGCGGCUGGACGUGCAGAGAUUCGAGCCCGCGCGGCGGUGUCGCCGGGGAGCCGCUCGCUCGCUCAUCGGCGGCGUGAAUGCUUCGUCUCAUGGUCGCGCGGUGGUCGCUCCUGUCAGCACGCGCAUCUGCCCCAGCCUCGUGAGAGCGAGCCGCGCCAUGGCGACGCCGGCGGCCGAGCACGACCUCGCCCUAGGUGACGCGGAGGGCAGCAAGGACAAGGAGGAGGUGUUCGGCGUGCUGCGGCUACAGGAGGAGCGCGCGGCCGAGCGGGCUGCGGCUGCCGCGAAGGCGCCCGACGGCCGCUGGCAGGCGCCCAUCUUCGCGUUGGCCAGGAAGGCGUCCGAGACCCUGUCGGGCAGCAUCCACGUCCUUCCCAAGGCGGCGGAGCAGAAGCACGGCGCGUUCUCGGACGAGGAGUGGGGCGCGCACGCUCUCCGGGACCCCAUGGCUAUGGAGCGCGCCAACCUGCUCAACAUGGCCAAGCUGAGCAUCAAGGGGCUCAUCGAGUCGGCACUGAGCUUUGGCCGCACCCUUGACUCUGACUACCCACCCCUGCAGCAGUUCUUCGUUGUCAUGGAGCACUGCCUCAAACAUGGUCUGAAAGGUACCACCCCGCACAUUACCCUGCCGCCACCUCUGUUCCCGGGGACACAAACCAUAACUGGAAGGCGACAUUUAUCCCAAGCCUGUGCAUUUGUGAAGAAGUCUUUUCUGGGAUACAACAAGUCACUGUGGGGCCCCCUGGAGAUGGUGGAGAAGCUGUGUCCUGAGGCCGGGGAGAUCGUCGCGAGCGUCAGGGACUUGCCAGGACUCAAGACCCCUCUGGGUCGGGCUCGUGCGUGGUUGCGUCUUGCUCUGAUGCAGAAGAAACUGGCUGACUACCUCCGCUGCCUCAUCACCCGGAAGGACCUGCUUAGCGACUUCUACGAGAGCGGUGCCGUCAUGCUGGAGGAGGAAGGUGCCGUCAUCGUCGGGCUGCUGGUGGGGCUCAACGUCAUCGAUGCCAACCUGUGCGUGAAGGGUGAGGACCUGGACACACAAGUUGGAGUCAUUGAUUUCUCCAUGUAUCUGAAGAAUGACAUUGAUGACUACAGGAGUGAAGAAAGAAAUGGCCAAAUUGCUGCUAUUCUGGACCAGAAGAAUUAUGUAGAAGAGCUGAACAGGCAGCUCAAUUCUACAGUUCACAGCCUGCAAGGUCGGGUUGACUCCCUGGAGAAAUCUAACACUAAACUCAUUGAGGAGCUGGCCAUCGCAAAGAACAACAUCAUCAAACUGCAGGAGGAGAACCAUCAGCUGAGAAACGAGAACGCCAUCAUUCUGAUGAAAGCCCAGCAACACCUCGAGAUGAGCCAGGCGGACGUGGGCGUGGAGCUCGACACCUACAAACAGUCGAGGCAAGGUCUGGAUGAGAUGUACAACGAGGCCCGGAGGCAGUUGCGGGAAGAGUGUCAACUCCGACAGGACGUGGAGAAUGAGCUGGUGGUGCAGGUCAGCAUGAAGCAGGAGAUGGAGCUGGCCAUGAAGUUGCUGGAGAAGGACAUCCACGAGAAGCAGGACACGCUGAUCGGUCUGCGGCACCAGCUGGAUGAGGUCAAGGCCAUCAAUGUGGAGAUGUACCAGAAAAUGCAGCGUUCGGAUGAUAGCAUGAAGCAGAAGAACGACAUCAUCGCUCGGCUGGAGGAGAAGACCAAUCAGAUAACUGCAACCAUGAAACAGCUGGAGCAAAGAUUGCAGGAGGCGGAACGGGACCAGUGGAGCGCCGAGGACGAGGUGCGCAAGUUCAAACAGGACUUUGCCAACAAGGCGGACAGCCUGCAAAGGCAGAUCAGCCAAAGAGAGAAGCAGCUGGUUCAGUUGGAGACGGACCUGAAGAUUGAGAAGGAGUGGAGACAGACCCUGCAAAAUGACCUGGAGCGAGAGCGCGAGACCAUCACCCAGCUCAGCACCGAGGCCCAGCAAAUAAACGGGCUCAAAAAGGAGUUUCAUCAGUUGCAGGAUGAGAACAGGGCACUGAAGGGGAUCUGCGCGGAACAGGAGCAGGCCUUGCAGGAACUUGGCUACAAGCUCAGCGAAUCAAAGUUGAAAAUUGAAGACAUAAAGGAAGCGAAUAAAGCUCUUCAGGGGGGGCAGGUUUGGCUCAAAGACAGGGAUGCCACCCACUGUAAGCUGUGCGAAAAGGAGUUCUCCAUCUCUAGGAGAAAGCAUCAUUGUAGGAACUGCGGGGAGAUCUUCUGCAACGCCUGCUCUGACAAUGAGCUGCCUCUGCCCGCCUCGCCCAAACCCGUGAGGGUAUGCGACACCUGCCAUGCUCUUUUGCUCCAGCGCUGCUCCUCCAGCACCACCUGAGACGAAGCUGAAGCUGGAGCCAGUGCUCACAGCACAUGGUUGCUUAAGCCCCUCCCACCUCCCCUCCACCCCAGUUUUAACCCUGUUCCGCAGGGUUAAAUUCCAGUUGACCUGUCCAAUGUUUACAGCAUAGUGAAAAUUCACCUUCCAGAUGGCAGUUGUGAAUUUUUUUUUUUUUUUUUUUUUUUUUUUGU